AUGAGCACGCGUGCUGAGAAAGAAAGCGCGCCCCCCGUGCCGCCUCGUCCAAAGUCGAACAGCUAUGCCACGGGCGCACAACUGCCACCAAUGCUGAACCGCAGUCUCAGCGGACGGAAGCCGAGCUUCGUCGAAGGCGGCCCGCUGCCUUCGCCCUCGCUGGGGAAGCGUCGAGGGUCGGUGUUCUCCGAUUUCUCGACGGACGACGGCCGCGGAUCGAUGAGGUCUUCGACGGACAAUCUGUUACGGACUACGACCAGGAGGGAAGCGAUGGACGAUGGGGCGGACGUUGAGUUCUCGCAUUGGCAUUCAGCCCCGUUGGCAUUGGCGAUAUUACCCGCUAUAGCGGGUGUGUUGUUCAAAGAAGGUGGUACAGUUGUCACGGAUGUGAUGCUGUUAUGCCUGGCUGCCAUGUUCUUGAAUUGGUGUGUCAGGGCGCCUUGGACAUGGUACUACUCCUCCGUAACCCUCCGUGUGCAGGACGCAGACGCCCACCACCCAGUCCACUUUACCUCACCCAUGGAAGAUAUCACCGAAGAGCCCGCCGACGAGUCCGCUAUUACAGACAACGCGACCAAGCCCAGCGACGGCUCCAUCUAUGAAGACGCGCGUUCAAAGCAUUCAACCCAUGAAAAGGAGCACGCACAGACGGAGGCAGCCGAAGAGCUCCGCCGCAACGAGCUCACAGCCCUAACCCUCUGCUUCCUCGGCCCCCUCGUAGGCGCCUACCUCCUGCACACGAUUCGCAGCCAACUCUCCCGCCCCUCCGAAGGUCUUGUCUCCAACUUCAACCUGACAAUCUUCAUCCUGGCCGCCGAGCUGCGCCCCUUCUCGCACCUCAUAAACCUGCAAUACGACCGCGUCGCGCACCUGCAACGCGUCGUGCGCUCCGACCCGAUCUUCCAACCCCCCGGCGCCCUCCCCACCGACGUCCUCGACCGCCUCCAGUUCCUCGAAUCCCGCAUUUCCGACCUCUCAUCCACCGCCCUUGCCGCCUCCGCCACCGCCCCCACACUCACAGACCAACAACUCGCCAAGCUCUCCCGCCUCUCCUCGGAUCUCGACUCCCUGACCCGCGCCAUCAGGACCUACGAGAAACGCGACCGCGCACGCAGCCUGCAGACCGACGGGCGUUUCCGGGACCUAGAAGCUCGGCUCGAAGAUGCGCUGGCCUUGGCCGGGGCCGCGGCCCGCAGCAGCCAGAAGCCUGGGGUCGUGGCGCUGGGGCUUGAAUGGGCGGGGCGGGCGUUCAGCGUCCCGCUGGGAGUCAUGUGGGGGGUUUCUGUGUUGCCGCUCAGGGCGGCAGUCGAGGUGCUGGUAAGGAUCAGGUUGUGGGUUUUUGGGGGCACGAAGGUUGUUAAGCGGAGGAAGGGAGAGGUGAAGGGGGAGAAUGGGGGCGUUAAUGGGGCGAAGGUGCGGGUGGGGAAGGAGAGGCGGUGA